CCGACUGUACUGAGAGGAAGCGAAUCGAAACUGCUGAAUGAGUUCACCUUCAGUUUAACUGUUACUUCAGUGCUGUGAGUCUCCAUGAUUUCCCUCUGAGCAGCACUCAUUUUAAUCUUUACCUGGUGCGUGGACAAAAUGAAUGGCUCUCUGCGCUCCACGGACAACGUGGUGGACAUGAAACUAAAGCGAGGACCGGCAGGCUUGGGCUUCAACAUAGUUGGAGGUGUGGACCAGCAGUAUGUUGUGAACGACAGUGGCAUUUAUGUGUCCAAAAUAAAAGAAGAUGGAGCCGCAGGUCUGGAUGGAAGGCUGCAAGAGGGCGACAAGAUCCUGGCGAUUAAUGGAGUCCAGCUGGAGGAUCUGACACAUAAAGCUGCUGUGGAUCUGUUCAGGAUGGCAGGGGAGGAUGUGGAGCUCCGUAUUCUCAAAAAGUCGCCCCCUCACAUGAACGGAACCUCAGACUCACAACCUGAACAUCACUCUCCAGUGUUUUCUCUGGGAUUACUGCUAGCUCUAGCGGGAGCCGCCGCCAUCUUUUCAUUCAUUUACACACGACACACUAGGAAACACUUUUAGCUCCGCCAUUUACUGUCUCUGUGGUAUUUUAAGAUCAAAAACUUCGCUAAAGGCCAAAGAACCUAAAGAGAGGGGGGAAAAAACUCUAAACAGUAGACCUUAUUUUUUUAUUAGUCAGUGUUGGCCUUUCUCCAUGUACAUUCUCAUGUGAUUUAACGGUUGCUUCUUAUGCUCUUUCCACAAAAAUAACCUCUUAUAUGUAGCUUUGUGACGUACACAGAUAAAGAAGGAUGUACAUGUGACAUCCCUGCUGCUGAGCUGAGCUCACGCAGAAACUAACGGCUUCCCAAACGCGUGAGAUGUCGGCAGAAAAUUCCAACGUUGGGCCAUUCAGUAACUGAGAGUUUUAGUGAGUGGCAGAUAUGAGCUCACGUUCCUUCAGCUUUCAUGAAUUCCAUAUGACUGGGUUUUGAUUCUCAUUUUGCAUUGUUGUACAGGCGCAUAGCAUCCUUCUCACUUCCUUUCCUCAGCCAUCAUUCCACUUUUCAACAUGUUCUCAUUUAAAAAAAACAGGUGACAAAUACAGUUUAAUGCUGUCCUUUUCAAAAGCAGCUCAGACUCUACAGCUUCACACCGUAGAUUAUAGAAAACAUUACUAAAACAAGAGGAAACGAUGCAUUUAUACACUAUCUUCAAAUGCGGAUUAAUACACAUAAAGCGUGAUGGUGAUUAUUUCCAGCACUAGGACUGUUUAUCCUUUAUUGACUCAAAAUUCAAAUACUGUGGCCAAGUGUGUCUUUAUGAAGUAAUAACGUCAUCUUGUGUGGCUCAUUUUUAAUCAUGUUUGCGCAACGGUGGAACAAGAUACAUAUAUCUUAUAUUUGUUUAUAAAUUUAGUUCAUAUUUGUGAGGAAAAAAUAUAGAUAAUCGGUUGUUCACGGUAUCACCAAGUAUCACUCGUUCACUCAGGGUCAACUAUUAAAUAUAUAUAUAUAUGAUGGGGUGAACAGUUCACUUGCUAAUACUCGGUCAAGGGAUGCUGCCAUAUUCGUGUCACUGCUAUUUUAAAAACAUUCUCCUCAUUUUUCACAAUCAUGUACCGUCUGUUUAAUGACUUGUCUUGUGGGUAAGAAAAUGAAAAGUGAGGAAAUGAGUGUUUCUUUUGUGUGAAGGACCAACGGCGUAAUUCUCAAAAUCGGCUCCAUUUAACGGGGACCUUUCUAAGCAAACUGCAACUAUAAAUGUUAAUUGUUAUUAUUUUUGCACUAUUCAGAGUCAUCAAUCAUGUUCCAGUAAAAGUUCAAGUAUGAGAUGAGGGUGUAUGAAUUGAGAUUUGUGUUUGGUUGCUCCGCGUCUGUCGACAUGUGUUUGUGUUUGACUGUUGUCGUGUUGUAAAUACAUUUCAUGUCGCUCUGCUGAUCGGGGACUGUGAAUAUGUGCAGUAUGCCAGAGGAGUAGAUCACAUGCACUACAUAAUGAUGCAAAUACUGUGUGUUUGACAUCCAGGCACCAAUUAAAAUUCAUGUUGAAUUCA